AUGAUCGUCUUCCCACUCCUGGCCGUCGUGCUGACGUGGCUCUGUGCGGCCGUCGCCCAGGGGCCACCUCCAAACGUUACCGAGUCCAACCAAACUGCAAUCAUGUGCCCUCGCAUACGAAAGGCAUGGGAUCGGUACACGAGCGCGGAGAAAGCAACUUACAUCCAUGCAUUGCAACUCUCGAUGGAUCGUGGGCUGUACUGGCAAUUCAUGUCGGUCCACCAAGACCGUGUGUCGAAUCGACAAGCCCAUGGCACUUGCGUCUUCUUGUUUUGGCAUCGACAAUUUUUGGUCGGGUUCGAAAACAUGCUGCGCAGCAUGGAACCACCGCGAACGUCGUGCUUGACGCUGCCGUACUAUGACUACGUCCAGCACAACCUGGAUUAUGUGAACCAGCGAUGCACGAGCAUCGAGUCGUGCUCUCCCAUCCUGCGUGAUUUGGGCGGCUCAUCUGAAGGCUCCCCAAGUCGUGCGAGCAUUGGCGGCUUUACAUAUCCCCAAUUUACAUGUGUGCACGCUGCUCCUGCGUCCCAUUUCUGUGCCGAUUCGCAAGCAGCAUGCACUGGAUGCAUCCCUCGCGGCCCUUGGCGAUCGACAUACUUCACACCGGACGUCAAUUUUAACCGCGUCAAGCGAGCGGUUCUCGCUACCGACACGUCCAUCGCGGCUGUCACGUCGGCGAUCGAGUUGUCAGUGCACAAUUCCGUGCACAGCAUGCUGUCUGGAGCGAUGGCGAAUAUCUACAUUUCGCCGGUCGAGCCCUUGUUUUACUCGCACCACACGACGAUCGAUUUGCUGCACACGAUCUACCACCGUUGCCGCGUUCAGCCGUUCGUUUCGGGCCUCACCGAGUCCAGCGCCGGAGACCCACGCGUGUUUCAAGGAUGCGCCAUUCCGCGCACUCCCAACGGAGGAGUCACGCGAAACUCGACCGUGUUGAUGCAAGAGUCGGGUCGGGACGGUAUGUCGCUCACGCCAUUCUUUGACGGGCUUCCCACAUCGUACGGAGGCCUCACGGACACGACUCAGUUGGGCGACCACAGCUACUCGUACGAGUUGGGCGGUUUGUUGGGGGACUUGUACACGAAAUGCGACGCAGCUGGCUUGGGACUCCCAGAGGUCGACGCGCGCGUGCGUGAGCGGCGGCGUCAGUUGAAGAUGCAACUGCAGCAUGUUGUGCAUCCCAUGGCGAGCGUCGAUGGCUUGGCGUUCGUGGAGUGGCGACGCGCUGUGUUCCAGCAAGCACAAGCGCAACGCAUUGAAGACAGUGACCGCGAAAUGGAAAAGAUGAUGAUCAUGGUGUAUGCAAAUUGCCUCCCUGGAGAUGUGUCAGAUUAUUCGCCAGAGUUCAAAGCAAUGUGGGGCAUCGAAGGUGUCGUUGCGCCGUCGAAGCGACUCUUGGAUAGCGUGCUAGACGGCACCGACGCGAUCAAAAUCGCCAACUGGACCAACUUGAACCAACAGUUCUUUGGUUGUGGUGGUGGGGCGGUUGUGCCGACCGCCACGGACAAGCAAGCGAUUGCAACCUAGGCAGCGUAGACAUCCCGAGUUCGUGCGUGUCUUGGAAUAGACAUCGUCAAUUAUGCUCACACUGCCCUGAACUCAGUCAAACUCUGGACGAAUCCACCCAUGCAAGACCAAAUCGGCGUCCUUGUGCGAGAUGCUGUAGAUGGUCGAGUUGUCGCGAGUGGAAAUGUCAAGCGUCAAUUCGUCCGAGUAGUGCCCGCCCUUCCACAUUCGGUCGUUGUACUGGUUUUGUUCGGCCACAUGCACUACCCAUCGGUCGGGCUUUUUCUCUAGCACAUCCACCACCACAGCAACAUGACCAACGUACUGGCCAGGCGUCGACUUGUAAACGAGCAGGUCUCCCACAACUGGCAUAUGUGUUCCAAAAUUGGGCAGCUUUUGCAGCGCCACGCGGCGAUGGGGAUUGUCGAGAGUUGAAACGUGCGUCACGCGGGUCCAAAUGUGUGCCGCGUGGGGGAUGCUUGGAAGGUAAAGGCCUCGAUUGAUAAUCCAGUACCGUCUCGCGUACUCGACACACUGCCACUUGGCUCCAGUGUACAACCCAUCAAGGUAAUGCGAUCCUUCGUCGACGUCGUCAGGAAUGUUGCGGUAGUUGCAGUUGUACCCGUCAACGCCAUGGCAGCUGCCCAAGACAGUACCGUGGGGAAGGCCUCGACCAUGGAUGCGAUUCGGUGUCCCUUGCGUGUCCCCCGGCCAUCGACCAAACAACGUUGUCAUCGCGGAAGAUUUCUUGCAAGUGACCUUGGCAGGUGGACGGCGCUUCUUGAACGCAUCUGAAGCCAUUACGGCGCGAACUUGGGCACG